AAAGUUAUGCUGUACUGAAUGUGACGCGCCAUCAUGGCGGCGCUCAGGGUGUCGGCUGCUAUAGCAAUGCCAGUCACAUAGUCAUCAUGUCUGCCCCGGCAGAUCGCGGCAAACCGGACUCUGUAGGCGAGCUCCGCGGGAAAAGCAUGGGGGAACUGAUGGAGAUCCUGGAGAGACAGGAAAAGCUCCUGAAUAAUUCAAAAUUUAUUGCCAAGUUGCCAGACCGAGGAAGAAAAAUUUUAGAGUACCGCGAAAAACUGAGACUUGCCAUUGCUGAGCAGAAGAGACUGAAAAAAACAAAAGAUCUCCUUUCGUCAAUUGCUUUAGAAUUUCAAGAAAAGCAGUUUAAUACAAAAGAGAACAGCCAAAUUACAUCAGUGCCUCAGUGUAAGGCACCUCCAGUUUUAACCCUGCUCACUGAAAGCUUGAGCAGUGGUGCAAACACCACUGAACCAAAACAUACACCUAAUCUGGAAAUAACACGUUCUUCCAUUCCUGUCAGUGCAAUUCAAGAGACUCCCAAACAUGGCUCUAAUUCAGCUGAGAAUACAGUAAAUGCUUUGGUAAAUGACUUAAAGAUGAUUAAUGUUAAAGACAGUGAGAAAGACACAUCAGGGACUUCUGAUAAUUGGAAAAAAAACAGUUCCAGCCUGGUUGGCUCUGCAUUGCCGAAAUCCCGUUACAUUGACGUUAUUGAGAGAAGGGCGAAGGACCCAGUUCAUAAAAAUGAAAAAUUCAGGACUAACAGAUUGGCGUCACAUUCAGACUGCUCAUCCCCCAGUCAGUCACCAGGAGAGAGUGCGCUUAGAAUAUCUGUGGAGGAGCGAAGGAUUCAUGAACGGAAACAUCUGAAUGACAUCACUGCAGCUACACUUCCACCACUUCAUCAUUCACCUGCCCAGUUACUACCUCUUGAGGAGUCUCUAGGCCUUCAGAUAGCACAGAAGCAAAGCUAUGAAGAAAUGCAAGCUAAACUUGCAGCACAAAAACUAUUUGAGAAGCUUAACAUUAAAGGUGAAACAUUCAAUCCAGAGGGAGAUUCCUACAUGAAAUACAGAGAUCAGAAAGAUGAAGCUGAAGAGUAAGCAGCAGGUGGAUUGUGUCGUGAUGUCUGACAUGGAGCUUGUCAUGUGUGUGUCACAACUAGCCGCACAUUUACAACUUUCUCUUAUACGUUACAAGCUAAACUGUACUUUAUCAGCUGUUUACAUACGAAAGCUUUACAUUGUUCUAGAUUACUUAGGUCUUCCUGCUAGAUGAAGAUGUGUUCUUAAAAAGCUUGCACUUUUGCCUUGUUCUGUUCUGUAAAAUCUUUUAUUUAAACAUAGGUUUUCUCCACUAAAUAUGGAUAAAUAUUGUAAUUACUGAAAUAAUAAUUGCAGAGUUGCAAAUGAUGCUUUUACUAUUUUAUGCUUGAAGAUUUUCAUGUGUUCAUAUCAAAGUCUAGUGGGAAAUGCCUGAUAGUGUGAAAAUCUCAUUACUGGGGGUAAAUAAAUUCACAUCAGUCAGCGUUUCCUCUGUAAGUAAAAUAUUUUUAUAGUAUAGACUCACUGUUUUACAUACCCUCUUGUUCAAUAAAUAGAGAGUAACUCUGGGUGAGAUUCAAAUGUUUUAUUGCGCCCGAUCUCCCGUCUAAAGUGACGGGAGAUCGUGGGGCGAUAUUCUAUUGUCCCCCAUUAUUGUGCUGAUCGCGCCCAUAAGAGACAGGUUUAGCCGCGUAAAGCAGCUAAACCCUACUAAAGUCAUGGGCGAGAUCGUGAAAACUCCCGUUUGGGUGUCCAAACGGGUCACUUUCCGCGCAUUUCAGCUUGCCACCCCAGGGGGUGGCAAGCUGAAAUGCUGGUAUCGCGUCCAUCGGCAGCAACAUUUGAAUACUGCCGGCGGGCGGGAGGGAAGGACGGAACAUUUGAAUCUCGCCCUAUGUCCUUAGUUUAACAUUGUUUAUUAAAGUUAAAUCUGUAAAUUCUCUCAGUACCUUGAUAAUUCGGCAACUAGGGACACUAUUGUAAAAAGGUUUGUCUGACGCUGACAAAGGCAUGGGGCUUUAGACAAAGAGGCAGGAAAAACAAUGACAUCUACUUUGCUGGAAGAUUAUUUGAUGGGAAUUGUAGGUCAGAACAGUAAAAAUGAAUGUUUGGUUAACCAAAUACGUGAAGCUUUCCCAUUUUGGAUAACAUAGGCAUCAAGCAAUGUAUCAUGGCAAUUGCAGAUAUUCAAAUGUUCCUCAUAAUAUUUUAAUAUACACUUUGUCCUCUUGUCAAUUGAACAGACGUAUGGAGCAUUUAUUGCAUAAUUUCAAUCUAGCAAAUGAAUCUACCACAAUUCCCAGUCACCAGAUGUAGCUGUGUCAGCAGCCCAACUCAUCACAUCAGUUCAGUGGUCAAUACGCUUGUGUUAUUUGUUUUCUUGUGUUUAAUAGGAUUUCUAAUUUUAAUGGUGUGUGUUAAUUUUCUCCACCAUGUUUGCAAAUACAUUUUUAAAGUUGUACAUUUCAAUAAAAUAUUUUUUCUGUA